AAAUCUGAAGAUUCCAAUGGUUUUUUUAUAGUUAAUAAGUUUCUCACAAAACUAAUUUUAAUUAGAUAUGACAAUCAUCCUAGCUUUUAAAACUUAUAUUUUUGAAAGUCUUAUUUUGUCAUAACUUGUCUAAAGCAGCAUAGCUUCUCAAAAUUGACGAUUUACCAAACUACACCUUGGGAAUGUUAGAUUAAUACAUGCCGGUGUUACUAGCAAAUUUAUAUCUUACAAUGGAGUCUUCACCCAGAUGGGUAGCUAAUGGAGAUGGGGGUGGGGAGGGGGACUGCAUCUUGGAUAAACUGGAGUAUCCAAGUUCUGUGGCCUUUCAAAUCACGGCCCACAGAUCCUUGAUGAACAGAGGACCAGCUAGAUCCUGGGUCUUCCUUCUGUAUCUUAAUUUUUCUGCUCUUCUUUUUGAAUUGCCCUUCUUGUGAUUAUUGGGACUCACAUAAUUCUUAUUGUUGUGCUUGGAUCUCUUCCUCCCAAGAUCGUACGUACUUUUUGGAGGUUGGAAUACACUUGCUUUUCUCUUUUUUUAAAGACUUAUUUUAUGUGCAUCAGUAUUUUGCCUAUAUGUAUGUCUGUGUGAGGGUGUGAGAUCCCCUGGAACUGGAGUUAGCUGGAACAGUUAUGAGCUGCCAUGUGGAUGCUGAGAAAUGAACCCAUGUCCUCUGGAAGAGCAGUGCUCUUAGCCUCUGAGCGAUCUCUCUAGGCCUGGAAGACUCUUGCCUCUUACAUGAGCUAGUAUUUUGUCUUGGUACAUGAAAGGAGCUUUAAAAAUGUAUAAUUUAACUACAUUUAAAAUGGUAAUGAUUUUAAUUGUUUUCUUUUUUCCUGUUAUUUUAGCUUUCAUGGCUUAGUUUACAACAUCUAUGAAAAAUACAAAGUUCCAUUUCAUGGCAAUAUAUUUUGAUUUCUGAAUGUAGUAAUGAGAUUCUUACUUUCAAAAGCCAGGAAUUAGUAAGUUAAAAAGCAAGGUAGUAGUCGUGGUAUCAAAAUAAAUAAAUAAGUAAUAAUAAUUAAGUAAGCUUUAGUACUAAUUGUGUAGAAUAACUUUAAGAGAAACACUGAGCUGGGCAUAGCGGCACACACUUAAGUAUGUCUUAAGUAUGUAUUUGCCACUGAGAGCACUUCUAAGCUUCCAUGACUUUGUUCAUAUACGAGUGUGCAUGCAUACAUAUUAUUAUUUUUUUUUAAAUUUCUUUUGUUUCUGUUUUAUCGAGACUGGGUUUCUCUGUGCAGCCCUGGCUGUGUUGGAGCUUGCUCUGUAGACCAUGCUGGCCUCGAGGCUGUGGAGCCUGUCCUGGAACUAGCUCUGUAGACCAGGCUGGCCUCGAACUCACAGAGAUCCGCCUGCCUCUGCCUCCCGAGUGCUGGGAUUAAAGGCAUGUGCCACCACCGCCCGGCCUUAUUAAUGAUUUUUAAGUGCCCAAAGAAUACAUCUUUCACCAACUUUUGUUUUGCUAGCCGUAUAAUCAGCUAAAAGUAGCUUAAGAGAAGUUCAAAAGUGGUAACUAGCCUGGCGGUGGUGGCACCAAAUUCGAGGCUAACCUGAUAUACAGCGUGAGUUCCAGGACAACCAGGACUACACAGAGCAACCCUGUCUCUAAAAAUAAAAAACAAUACAAAAAACCUGGUAAGUGGACUUAAACAGAUUAUUUUUCCCUCAAAGUUAUAGUUAUAGAAAUUAUAGUUAUAGAAGAUCCCAGUUUCUGAAAUAAUUUCACAGUAUUAGUUAAAAAAAAUAAAAUAACAUUCUAUUGAAUAACAAUUCUUCAGAACCAUUUUGAGACUUCUCACAUGCUAAUUUGCAAAUAAGCAAAUAGCAGGGUGGUAGCAAAAAGACCAUUAAAGUUGUGAACAUUUGUAUGAUUUCUAAUUUAAAAUAUUCUUUUCAAUUCAAAAGCUCCAAGUCUCACAAACAUUAAAAUUGUUUGCAUAAGUGAAAAUUACUGAUAUGAGAAAAUCGUUUUAUGGGAUUUUUUUCAGUAGUAAAUUCAACAUCGUUAAGAUUCUAAUUGAACUAAACAUUGACCUUACUUAGAGGUUUAUAUAUCGUUUUUUAAAGUAUGUGUUUAGUUUUAAAUAUGUGGGGGAUCCUGUGUGAUAGCAUUUCAAACUUUUGCCUUUUCCUGAGCUAUCGAAAUCUUUGAACUGUUUUUAAGUAUUAAGACGAAUUGGUGUCAAGAAAGGUACUUUCUUCAAGAUGGAUGUUUACGCAUGCAAAAUACUUGAAGAGUUUUAGCAAUUUCGUUCCUUAAUUCUUUUCCUUCGCUUCUCCAAAAAGCACUUUAAAUCGGAAUUGGAAUCCCUUUGAAGAGCUGAGCGCUAGUAGCACACUGGCAGAGACGAGGGCUUUACUUUGUCAGCCAUGUGUUUCGGGAGCGCUGGCGCUUUCCCUAGAUCUUCUGGCUGAUAAUCUCAAACAUGGAGGAUGCUUCUGAUUCUUCACGAGGGGUUGCUCCAUUAAUUAAUAAUGUAGCUCUCCCAGGCUCUCCGCCGUCUCUUCCUGUAUCAGUGACAGGCUGUAAAAGUCAUCCAGUAGCCAAUAAAAAGGUAGAAGCGAGAAGCGCAAAGCUCCUCCCCGCGGCUCUUCCUCCUUCGGAGCCGAAAGUAGCUCAGAAACUUCCCAGGAGCGCGGAGAGGCGGGGAAGCGCCGGCGGGACGCGAUCCCCCCCCGCGCCGAGCCGGCCAGUGGCAGUGCGAGCGGCGGCGGCCGGGAGAGACUCCGGGGCGGGGCGGCCGGGCCCUCGUGGCGUUCCUCGUGGGAAGGGACGCGGGGCGGACGCGCGCGGCCGGGAGAUGCCGCUGCUCCACCGAAAGCCGUUCGUCAGGCAGAAGCCGCCGGGGGACCUGCGGCCGGACGAGGAAGUUUUCUACUGUAAAGUCACCAACGAGAUCUUCCGCCACUACGAUGACUUUUUUGAACGAACCAUUCUGUGCAACAGCCUUGUGUGGAGUUGUGCAGUGACGGGCAGACCUGGACUGACCUAUCAGGAAGCACUUGAAUCAGAAAAAAGAGCAAGACAGAAUCUUCAGAGCUUCCCAGAGCCACUAAUUAUUCCAGUUUUAUACUUGACCAACCUCACCCAUCGCUCACGCUUACAUGAGAUUUGUGAUGAUAUCUUUGCAUAUAUCAAGGACCGAUAUUUUGUUGAAGAAACUGUGGAAGUCAUUAGGAACAAUGGUACAAGGCUGCAGUGUAGAAUCUUGGAAGUCCUCCCUCCGUUACAUCAAAAUGGUUUUGCUAAUGGGCACAUUAGCAGUGUUGAUGGAGAGACUAUUAUCAUCAGUGACAGUGACGAUCCAGAAACACAGAGCAGCUCUUUUCAACAGGGGAAGAAAAAAGAUGCAGUUGAUCCCUUAUUAUUCAGGUACAAGGUGCAGCCCACUAAAAAGGAAGUGUAUGAGCCUGCUAUCGUAAAAGCAACGCAAAUCAGUCGAAGAAAACACCUAUUUUCUCGUGAUAAACUAAAGCUUUUUCUGAAGCAACACUGUGAACCACAAGAUGGAAUCAUUAAAAUUAAGGCAUCAUCUCUUUCAACAUACAACAUAGCAGAGCAAGAUUUUUCUUAUUUCUUCCCUGAUGAUCCACCUACAUUUAUCUUCAGUCCUGCUAACAGACGAAGAGGAAGACCUCCCAAACGAUUAUAUCUUGGUCAGGAAGACCACAUUGUUAGUAAACAGACUAUUACAGGUUGUCGGAGCAAAGCCACUAAAGAAAGAGACAAGCUUUUGAAACAAGAAGAAAUGAAGGCACUAGCUUUUGAAAAGGCUAAAUUAAAGCGAGAAAAAGCAGACGCUUUGGAAGCAAGAAAAAAAGAAAAGGAAGAUAAGGAGAAAAAGAGGGAAGAACUGAAGAAAAUUGUAGAAGAAGAGCGACUAAAGAAAAAAGAAGAAAAGGAGCGACUUAAAAUAGAGAGAGAAAAGGAAAGAGAGAAAUUGCGUGAAGAAAAGAGAAAAUACAUGGAAUACUUAAAGCAGUGGAGCAAACCCAGGGAAGAUAUGGAAUGUGAUGACCUUAAGGAACUUCCGGAACCAACUCCAGUGAAAACUAGACUACCUCCUGAGAUCUUUGGUGAUGCGCUGAUGGUUCUGGAGUUCCUUCAUGCUUUUGGGGAACUCUUUGAUCUUCAAGAUGAGUUUCCUGAGGGAGUGUCCUUAGAAGUGUUAGAGGAAGCUCUUGUAGGAAAUGACAGUGAAGGCCCACUGUGUGAAUUGCUUUUUUUCUUCCUGACUGCAAUCUUCCAGGCCAUGGCUGAAGAAGAGGAGGAAGUAGCCAAAGAGCAGAUAACUGAUGCUGACACCAAAGAUUUAUCAGAGGCUUUGGAUGAAGAUGUAGACCCCACAAAAUCUGCACUGUCUGCAGUUGCAUCUUUGGCCGCUGCAUGGCCACAGUUACACCAGGGCUGCAGUUUGAAAAGCCUGGAUCUUGAUAGCUGCACUCUUUCUGAGAUCCUCAGACUGCACAUCUUAGCUUCAGGUGCUGAUGUCACAUCAGCAAAUGCAAAGUACCGCUAUCAGAAGCGAGGGGGGUUUGACGCCACAGACGAUGCCUGCAUGGAGCUGCGACUGAGCAACCCGAGUCUGGUGAAGAAGCUGUCUAGCACUUCUGUGUAUGAUUUGACACCAGGAGAAAAAAUGAAGAUACUUCAUGCUCUCUGUGGGAAGCUACUGACCCUAGUUUCUACUAGGGAUUUCAUUGAAGAUUACGUUGAUGUAUUACGGCAGGCCAAGCAGGAAUUCCGAGAGCUCAAGGCAGAACAACACCGCAAAGAGCGAGAAGCCACAGCUGCUCGAAUACGUAGAAGGAAAGAAGAAAAACUUAAGGAACAAGAACAGAAAAUGAAAGAGAAGCAAGAGAAACUGAAGGAGGAUGAACAGCGGAAUUCAGCUGCAGAUCUAGGGGAGGAAGGAAGGGAAGAUUUUGACACUAGUACGGAGAGCAAAGAAAUAGAUGGGAAAGAUCUGGACGCUGACGUGGUUACUGAGGAUGAAGAUGACCCAGGAUCACUGAAAAGGAGCAGAAGAGGGAAAGUGGGUCAAAAUGGCGUUAAGCAGUGUAUGAAGCAGGAAGAGAUGAGCUGCUAUACAAAGCAGGAGCCUCCUCCUGCUGACGCAGAAGAAGCUGUGCGGCAAGAGCACCAGCAGAAAGAGAAGGAACUCCUAGACAAGAUCCAGAGUGCCAUCGCCUGUACUAAUAUCUUCCCUUUGGGGCGAGACCGCCUGUACAGGCGAUACUGGAUUUUCCCUUCCAUUCCCGGUUUGUUCAUAGAAGAGGAUUUUUCAGGUCUUACUGAAGACAUGCUGUUGCCUAGACCUUCAUCGUUUCGUCAUAACGCACAGUCUCACGAUCCUCAGGUUUCUGUUAAAGCUGAAGAGUCCUUCAUGUCCGAAUCUACCUCCAGCCUUGACCAAGGUCCAUUCGAUGAUUCUAUGCUAUUGCCAAAACCAGUGCAUAAGCCAAAUCGGUGGUGCUUCUACAGUUCCCGGGAGCAGCUGGACCAGCUUAUUGAUGCUCUUAACUCAAGAGGACACAGGGAAAGUGCCUUAAAAGACACCCUUCUGCAGGAGAAGAGCAGGAUAUGUGCUCAGCUGGCCCACUUUUCUGAAGAGAAAUUUCACUUUUCAGACAAACCUCAAGCUGAUAGCAAGCCUGUUUCUUCUCGGGGACGAUCUUCCAAUGUAUGUGACACAUCACAGAUGUCUGCAGAGAGGCAGCUUGAGCUGAGGCUCAGAGACUUUCUUUUGGACAUUGAAGACAGAAUCUAUCAAGGGACAUUAGGAGCAAUCAAGGUUACAGAUCGGCACGUCUGGAGAUCGGCCUUAGAGAAUGGACGGUAUGAGCUGUUAAGUGAGGAAAGCAAGGAGAAUGGAGUGAUUAAAACUGUGAAUGAAGACGUCGAGGAGAUGGAAAUUGAGCAAGCAAAGGUCAUAGUGAGAGACAGACUCUUGGGGAUUAAAACAGAAACUCCAAGUACCAGCAGUACACCGCAGUCAGUGAGCAAUGUGGUUCAUUAUCUGGCUAUGGCCCUCUUUCAGAUAGAACAGGGCAUUGAACGGCGUUUCCUCAAAGCUCCACUUGAUGGCAGUGACAGCGGACGUUCUUAUAAAACUGUCCUGGACCGUUGGAGAGAGUCCCUCCUUUCCUCUGCAAGUCUAUCCCAAGUCUUUCUUCAUUUAUCAACCUUGGAUCGCAGUGUGAUGUGGUCUAAAUCUAUACUGAACGCGCGUUGCAAGAUCUGCCGGAAGAAGGGUGAUGCUGAGAACAUGGUCCUCUGUGAUGGCUGUGACCGCGGCCAUCACACCUACUGCGUCCGGCCGAAACUUAAGGCCAUUCCUGAAGGAGAUUGGUUUUGUCCAGAAUGCCGACCAAAGCAGCGCUCCAGGAGACUUUCCUCCAGGCAGAGACCGUCUCUGGAAAGCGAUGAAGAGAUGGAAGAGAGCAUGGAAGGUGACGACGAAGUUGAUGAUGAAGAAGGCGAGAGUGAGGAGGAAGAGUAUGAGGUAGAACAAGAUGAAGAGGACUCCGAAGAUGAGGAAGAACUCAGCCCACCCAAACGAGGAAGACCACAAGUCAGACUGCCAAUUAAAACAAGAGGGAGACUUAGCUCUUCUUUCUCAAGUCGCAGCCAGCGACAAGACCCCGGGCGGUACCCCUCAAGGAGUCAGCAGAGCACACCCAAAACCACUGCUUCUAAGACUGCUGGCAGGAACCUAAGGAAGAUCAGAUCUGCUCCUCCUACAGAAACUCGUUCAUUAAGAAAUGCUAGUCGUUCGACUCGCCAGAGUCCUGGUGCACUGCAAGCGGAUAUGCUUGUGGAACUGCUGAGUCCUCGUGGAAAACGCAGAGUACGGAAGAGUGCCGAUAGCACCCCAGAACACAGCCCCAGCAUCGCCAACUUCAGGGUCGGCACCUCGAGAUCAAGCGUACACUUGAUACCUUUAAAUACCGACGCAGGGCUUUCUCUCCAAGACAGCGACUCUAAGAGAAGAGGCAGGAAGAGACAGUCUACAGAGUCGUCUCCUAUGCCACUGAACCGAAGAAGUUCUGGCCGACAAGGAGGCGUUCAUGAAUUGUCCGCCUUUGAACAGCUUGUUGUGGAAUUGGUGCGGCAUGAUGAUAGCUGGCCCUUUCUGAAACUUGUUUCUAAAAUCCAGGUCCCAGACUACUAUGACAUCAUUAAGAAGCCCAUUGCCUUAAAUAUAAUUCGAGAAAAAGUAAAUAAAUGUGAAUAUAAAUUAGCAUCUGAGUUUAUUGAUGAUAUCGAGUUAAUGUUUUCGAACUGCUUUGAGUACAACCCUCGGAACACGAGUGAAGCAAAAGCUGGAACUCGGCUUCAAGCAUUUUUUCAUAUUCAAGCUCAAAAGCUUGGACUCCAUGUCUCGCCCAGUAAUGUGGACCAGGGUAGCACGCCACUCGCUGCAAAAAAGUCACGGGUCUAGUUUUGUCCUUCUAAAGGCUGUAUGUGAAGAAAAACAGGAAUCGGUCAUAAAAAUGGAACAUUAAAUCAUGCUCUAAAGCAGAUAUGUGUUUAAAGCAAUAACAGCUGGUCAACCACAGCCAGGCGUGGCCUGCACUGUCUUCUCAGUUUUCAUACUAAGCACUCAGGAGAAUGUAGGAAAGAGUUCCUUUGCUACAGUUUUUGUUCAGUAUCUACUAAGUUUAAUAGAUGUUUUGGAUACAGUACUGGUUUACAGAGGUUUUGUACAUUUUGAGAUCAUUCAUGUGUUCAGGUAAUUUGGAAAAUAUUUUUUCAUCUAUGAUUUAUUUUGUCAUUGACCUUUUAGGAGUUAGGAUUUUAAAGAGGAUUUAUCUGCACAGAUGAGUCUUCCAAGAGCACAGUGUAGAGAAAGUAUAUGUCUUAAGACUUGUUUAAUGAGCGCAUUGUUUCAACACUACACAUGAAUGGAUCCAAUUUUCUAUCCCUGACUUGCUGUAGCCAGUGCUGACUGAAUUUAUUAACUAGAUAUUUAUUUAGCAUUCAAAGUCAUUUGUGAAUUUGUUUUGUAUUUAUAAAAUUUAUACUUGGAAAAUGUUCUUCAAUUUUUUUAAAACAUUUUACUAUGUUUUUGUUUUAUCUCUCAAACAUUUUUAAUGAUUUAAAAAUAAAAAUGUUCCCCUCUCUCCUCCCUAGCAGUUCCCCAGUUUUACAGAUAAGUUUCUGUGUACAACUUUUCUAAGUGUACAAAUAAAAUGAUACAUUUUUUCACA